UUUGUGGUGGUGUUAAAAAAAAAACGCAGAUAUUUGGAAUAUAUUCACUUAAAAAUAUAAACAGUUAUUAAAUAUAAUUAAGUAAAAAAAAAAGAAAAUGCGUGAACGUAGUCAUACCACUCCUAGAAGACGCGGUCCUAAACAACCGUUACCACAGGAUGCUCUAUACAAUGAUUCUUUUGAUUCUCAAGAGUCCCCUUACUAUACGAUCGAUAAUACGGAAGAUAUUUAUAGUACAACACUAUUGCCAUCUCAGAGAUGUUAUGUGGAUCCAUGGGACUUAGAAAAUUAUGAUUAUGUUAGAAAAAAAAUUGAACAGCCAAUAUCUCCACGUCCCCAAGAAUAUUACGAGACAUCGCUAUCACCUAGUCCCAUCGAGGAACCGAUGCAUUCGAACUAUUACUAUGACAGAGAACCAAUUGAGGUUCCACCACGUAUGGCAUCCACAAUGCCACGUAAUCGUCGACGUUCUUCACACUAUCAAUGUCAAAUGGAAUGUUGUCAACCUCAGCCGCAAAGAAGACGUCCCAGUGGCCUUUACGAUGUGGGUGGAGUCGAUAAAUACGAUGACUAUAUGACUUUGCAUAUGGCGCAGAAAUUUCAAAAUGCUCUUAAUUUGGAAGAUGUUGAACAAAAUAUUUAUACAGGAUUUGGUGGCCUCUCAUCGUCCUCCUCUACCGAGCCGCAUAGUUCGCUGGGAGAUGAUUAUCACACAAUGACAUUACAGCGUCAUGUUUCCAACUAUGGCAUACUACCGCAACGACGAAUUUCUAAACCAGCACCCAAAUUGGAAUUUCCAUCUCCACCACCAAUGCCACCAACCUACGACUAUUGUAAUCCUUAUGCUACAUUGCCUCCUUGCUGUAGUGCAUCCGAUUGCUAUGAAUGUUUGUCGCAGGCUCAACAACAACAACAAAUCUAUGGCACUCACCCAAUUUAUGGCACGACCCCAGCCACUGGACCCUCGAGUUGUUAUGGCUGUGCGGGCAUGACAGGCAGUCAAACAUUGGGUCGACGUCCCUCUUCAUCGCUCUACAGUGGAAUUUAUAGUAGUAAAUUCGGUAUGAGCAAAAAGGGUCUAUUGCAAAUCGAUUAUUCGUGCAGUUGGAAUGAUUUAGAUCGUGUUAUGGGUAAAAAUUAUUGAGCAGGUUUUAUUUCAUUGAUUUUUUAUUAUUAUUUGCUUAAGAUAGUUGCACAUUGUUUAAAUAUUUAAGGAAAAAGUGUGGACUUUAUUUUGAACAGAUGUUUAAAGUUUUGUAUAUAAAAUCUAUCGAGGAAGUUAAGAAUUUAAUAAAGAUCUUGUACUUAUACCUUGAAACAUUAAACUGUA